AUGUCGACAGCAGAUACCUGCGUCGAUGCCUCGACGAUGCCAAGCUGGCUCUUCAGGAACUUUCAGCUCACCUCGGAUACAGCCAUCCCCCCUACAUGUGACCCUACAGAGGACGGAGAGGCUGUUACGGUCGGUUCCAUUAAACUGCCAGUUAGUGGAUGGACAGUUGAUGAGGUCUUCAAGAGGCUCGACAACACUGAGGUUUACUUCUACGAUAUCCUCGGUGUGUUGGAGCCCCCCACUCGAGACCUGGUGAGGGAGGCUAUUGCUAGGGCCACAGAACGACUGUUAAUGGUCAUAUCGCAGUUGAGGGCUCAGCUACAGGAGGAAGGGACGGUGACACCGAAGACACCAGAGGAGAUAGCCGCCAGCUGUCUCCGUGAACUCGUAUCGGAGCACCUUGUGAAGUGGAAUGUUAUUGUCAAUACCAUGCUGCAAUUGUUGCCUCCUGGCGAGUUAGAAGCCUUGACCGAGAGGCUCAACGUGAAACAGCAGCAUCUAGCUGGACCCGUGAGUCCAGCGGUAGUAGAUGAGGAAGCUUCCGCACGGUUACAGCAGCAAGUGGCAGAUCUCGAGGGUAAGCUCAAGGAGGCAGAAUCUAAACUACAUAAUCAAGAAAGGGAGUUCGAACGGCAACUAGCCAAAUGGGACACAGAGAAAGCCGCCUUGCGAGCAUCCUUGGCCGCGUCCAGAUCAUCAGAGUCGGCAGCUGGACAACACGCGUCUUUGGAAAUGGCGACGUUGCGGGAAGACCUAGAGAAGAGUCAGGAGGAGGCAGCGACCCUCAGAGCUCAACUAGCUGCUGCUCGAAAGAGUCAGGUGCAGCGUGAGCAGCAUGACGAGAACAUCAUUAGGGCCAAGGCCUUAGAGGAGCACACUGCUAGACUGGAGGAGGAACGUGAGGCGCUACGUUGUGAGUAUGAGGGGCGGAUUAGGGAGCUAGAGGAGGCAUUCGAAGCUAGAAUCAAAAGACUUGAUGAAGACCGUGAAGCCUUACAGAGGGAAUUGUCCACGUAUCAUCAACAACAGCAACGGGUAGAGGAGGAGAAGCCAGCGAGGGUGAGGAGGGAUAAAAGCAGUCAAUGUCCAGCAUGCGGUGGUAAGGAGGCUCUAGCCUUCCCUUAUGAGGCCUCUGAUCGGCAUAAGGUGGAGGAGGUCGUCCUCGAGGAAAGGAUCCAGCCGACGGGAGAGGAAGAGCGGAGCAUAUCGAGCCCCGUGCCCGAGAUGCGAGAUGGAGUCUCGCAGACUGAGAAGAGAAGUGAGGUGGUCCGGGAGAAGCCUCGAGGGCAUGGCAAGGAUAGGGACGAACCCGAUGAGGCCAAGGAGUCCCGAUUCGAUAUGCGGACAGCCUUCCGUGAUCGGACGAGAAGGGAGCUAGUGAGGCCAUUUAAGGAGGAAAUCUUCCUGCUAAGGAAGGACAACGAGGAGAAAGCCCUCCGUAUGGCGGUCCUCCAGAAGAAGCUGGAGAGUGUACAAGCACAGUUGGCUGACUUGGUCAAGUCUGAGGACCAUAACCUUACUCAACAGCAGAAGAAUACGGUCGCUCGUCUGCUCAAGGCUAGUGAUUUCACUAGCCAAGGCGACGAUGACGACGACCUGCAAAACCUCUUGGAUGGCGUGGACGUUCCGUAUCGGGUUCUAGCCGAGGCGGCGGUACACAAAUCGAGGCGUCAUAUGCUCUAUUUCGACUCCAAGAUCCGGCAAGCACGAGAGUCCGCCCGCAAUGCAGCUAAGGCGAAGUGGUCAGGAAAAGGCGAUAUUAUCUGCGUCGCCCGUGAACCUGUCUUUCUCCCCACCCUCUGGAUAUCUCUGCAGCGUUGA